GGCGGGUCGGAUCCAUCGGGAACUUUCUGGUCUGCUCCAUUUUAAGCAGAGAGAGAAGAAGAGGCUCCGUGAAUUUGUAGAAUAUAUAAACCCAAACUGCAAACCUACGCAAACCUUUUCUUCGUCCUCUUCACUCUCUCCACCUUUUUUCUCAACAUAAACCCAACGGACACUUUUACCAUUUGUAUGAUCAAAUUUUGCCGUAUUAUAUAUUCCGAUUCACCGCCUUACUCCGUCGUCAUUUAAAAAUAUUUGUAUGAUCGUUAUUCACAUACAUACAUACAUAAAUUAUAAUGGAGGACGAGCCGUCCAGUCAAGCGCAGCUGGCGGAAGUGAGAGCGGAGGCAGACGAGCAAUCACAGCAGCAGCAGAUAGUAGAAGAAGAAGAAACGAACGGAGAAGAUGAAUUGACGGACAAGGCGCAGAAAUUAAUGGAUAAGAUUACUUCCGCUCCUGAUAACCCUAGCCCUACCGUACUCCACGCCCUGUCGUCUCUCCUCGAAACUCAAGAGUGGAUAUACACGGCCGAGAAUGGCUUAUCAUCUUUUAAUAACACUCGUGCUUCUCAUAAUGUUGGACGCCUUGCUAAUUUAAUCCGGGAUAAUGAUGAAUUUUUUGAACUUAUUUCGUCGAAGUUUCUAUCAGAAACUACGUAUUCAACCUCUGUUCAAGCUGCUGCUGCAAGGCUUAUAAUGAGCUGUUCACUUACUUGGAUUUAUCCCCACGUUUUUGAAGAGCCUGUGAUUGAAAACAUAAAAAAAUGGGUGAUGGAUGACACUGCUAGAUACAUUGAUGUACGGAAAAAGGAAGCCUCGGACUUUGAAAUGUUGAAAUGCUAUUCGACUGGACUUCUUGCAGUAUGUUUGCAAGGUGGCGGUCAAGUAGUUGAGGAUGUGUUGACAUCUGGACUGUCUGCCAAGCUCAUGCACUUUCUUCGCAUACAAGUCCUUGGGGAGACGAGCAUAAACCAGAAAGACGCUACUUCUUUAUUAGAAAAUAAGAACUUGUUGGCUGCUACUAGUGUUAGAGGUAGAGAAGAAGGAAGGGGUAGAGUGAGACAGGUACUGGAAGCAGCUCAUGUGGAUAACCUAAGGUUAAACGAUGAGAGGGAUAUCAACGAUCUUACUUGUGGAGAUCCACCUGAUAUGUUGUCCGAAGGUGUUGAUAUAGGAGAUGAUGAUGGUGGGGACAGGUGGAAUAGUCGAGAUGGAAAGCUAAAAUUUGGAGAUAUUGAGGAGACGCCAAAAGAUGACUCGUCAAGGCGUAGGGCAUCCCGUGGAUUGACAAGACCCAGAGGGAAGGGAAGAUCUAAUGAAGCUGCUUUUGAAAAUGAUCAGAGUUUGAUUUCUCCAGGAUCUGAGAGUCGGUCGAGUCAGGGACGGACUUCUAGGGAUAGGAAUUUGAUAAAAAGUUUUGAUCUGAGAAGAGGACAAGAUGAAAGAAAGUAUCCUGGUAAUCUGAAUACUGAUGGUUUUGUGGUGGAAAGAGAGGAUACGGAUGACUGCUUUCAAGAAUGCAAAAUUGGAAGCAAAGACAUUUUUCAUCUGGUUAAGAAAGCAGUUAGAGCUGCUGAAAUUGAAGCUGCUGCUGCAAGUGCACCUGCUGAAGCCAUCAAAGCAGCUGGUGAUGCUGCUGCUGAAGUUGUCAAAAGUGCAGCUUUGGAGGAAUUUAAAUCUUCUAACAGCGAAGAAAGUGCAGUUUUAGCUGCAUCGCGAGCUGCCGCAACUGUGAUUGAUGCUGCUAAUGCAGUAGAAGUUUCUCGUGACAGGAACAGAUGCUGUACUGAUGACUCAAUGACUUCGGCUGGUACAGAAAUAGAAGCAACCGAGGACGCUGAAGAAUAUUUCCUUCCUGGUUCUGAAUGUCUUGCACAAAUUAGGGAGAAGUAUUGCAUCCAGUGCCUUGAAAUAUUAGGAGAAUAUGUGGAAGUUUUGGGACCUGUCCUGCAUGAAAAGGGAGUAGACGUCUGUCUUGCCUUAUUGCUACGCAGUUCUAAACAUAAGGAAGCAUCAAAGGCAGCAAUACUCUUGCCUGAAUCAAAGGCAGUAACACUCUUGCCUGAUGUGAUGAAGCUCAUCUGUGCUUUGGCUGCUCAUCGGAAAUUUGCUGCAUUAUUUGUUGAUAGGAGUGGCAUACAAAAGUUGCUUGCUGUACCUAGGGUUGAACAAACCUUCUUUGGCCUUUCUUCAUGCUUACUUACUAUAGGUUCUCUUCAGGGUAUAAUGGAACGUGUAUGUGCUCUUCCUUCUGAUAUCGUCUACCAAGUGGUUGAAUUAGCUAUUCAACUUCUUGAAUGCCCUCAGGAUCAAGCCAGGAAAAAUGCAGCCUUGUUUUUUAGUGCUGCAUUUGUUUUCAGAGCUGUUAUUGAUGCUUUUGAUGCUCAGGAUGGUUUACAGAAGAUGUUGGGCCAAUUAAGUGAUGCUGCCUCUGUUAGAUCUGGUUUCAAUUCAGGUGCAUUAAGCAUGUCUGGUUCAUCAGCUCUACGUAAUGACCGGUCACCAUCGGAAGUUUUAACAUCAUCCGAGAAACAAAUAGCAUAUCACACAUGUGUUGCUUUGAGACAGUAUUUCCGAGCACAUCUUCUUUUACUAUUGGAUACCAUUCGUCCCUCUAAAAAUUAUCGAAGCGCGGCUCGUAAUAUUCCAAGCGUAAGAGCUGCAUACAAGCCACUUGACAUCAGUAAUGAGGCUAUGGAUGCAGUCUUUCUGCAGUUACAGAAGGACAGAAAGCUAGGUUCUGCAUUUGUCAGGACUCGGUUUCCUGCAGUUGACAAGUUCUUACUCUUAAAUGGACAUAAUACUAUGUUGGAAUUAUGUCAGGCCCCACCCGUUGAGCGCUAUCUGCAUGACCUGCUUCAGUAUGCAUUGGGUGUCCUGCAUAUUGUUACCCUGGUGAAUGACAGCCGCAAAAUGAUAGUUAAUGCCACAUUGAGCAAUAAUCGUGUUGGCAUAGCUGUCAUUUUGGAUGCUGCAAAUAUUUCUGGCAAUUAUGUAGACCACGAGAUUAUACAGCCAGCAUUGAAUGUAUUGAUCAAUCUUGUUUGCCCACCCCCUUCAAUAAGCAAUAAACCGCCUGUUCUUACACAAGGUCAGCAAACUGUGGCUGGUCAAUCAACAAACUCUGCUAUGGAUAGUAGGGACAGAAAUACGGAACGUAGUCUGAGUGAUCUAAGAGAACGAAAUGGGGAGUUUAGUGUUGGUGAUCGAAGCACUACAGCAGCUUUUGUUGGUCGGUCCAUUGGUAGCACUUCACAGACACCUGUUCCUACACCUCCUACACCAGCUUCAGGAUUAGUUGGAGACAGAAGGAUAUAUUUGGGUACAGGAUCCGGUUGUGCUGGCCUUGCUGCACAAAUGGAACAAGGAUACCGCCAGGCAAGAGAAGCUGUCCGUGCCAACAAUGGCAUAAAGGUCCUUCUACACCUUCUGCAGCCACGUAUAUACUCGCCUCCUGCUGCUCUUGAUUGUAUUCGUGCUCUCGCAUGUCGAGUUUUGCUUGGUUUGGCUAGGGAUGAUACAAUUGCACACAUAUUGACCAAACUUCAGGUUGGAAAAAAGUUGUCAGAGCUAAUUCGAGAUUCAGGUAGUCAGACACCCGGAACUGAUCAAGGCAGGUGGCAAGCUGAACUUGCCCAGGUGGCAAUUGAAUUAAUUGCGAUUGUUACAAAUUCAGGGCGUGCUAGUACAUUGGCUGCAACCGAUGCUGCUACCCCUACUCUGAGGCGCAUAGAAAGAGCUGCAAUUGCUGCUGCAACACCCAUCACUUAUCAUGCGAGGGAACUUCUGCUUCUCAUGCAUGAACACCUUCAAGCUUCUGGCUUGGCCUCAACAGCUGCUACACUGCUGAAAGAGGCCCAAUUGACUCCUUUGCCACAGCUGGUGGCUUCAUCUUCCCUUAUGCACCAAACUGCCAUGCAAGAAACUCCUUCAACACAGAUUCAGUGGCCCUCUGGUCGAACCCCUUGCGGAUUUCUGUGGAAGAAAUUUAAAGCAAGUGCACGUGAUGAAGAUACCGGCUUGAAGUGUGACCAAGUUUUGUCUUCAAAGAAGAAGCCUCUUGUUUUCUCACCGACUUUCAGUUUGCAGCCUUCAUACCUUGAUUCCAAUCAAUCAUCAUUCAAGAAAUUCUCAAGUGGUUCAAAACAAUCUACUACUACUGGAAGUUUGUCAGAAGCACAGUCAGAGUCCUUGCCAAAAAGUAAUCCUGAUACAGAGUCUUCAUGUAAAACUCCAAUUAUACUGCCAAUGAAGCGGAAAUUAUCUGAUAUGAAAGAUGUUGUUUUGGCAUCAUCUGGGAAGCGAGUCAACACCGGUGAGAAUGGACUUCGGUCUCCGGUUUGUCUGACACCCAAUGUUCGAAAGAACAGUUUGUGUGGCGAUGCUCUUGGAUAUUCUACACCAAUUUCUAAUUUGAGGGAUUCACAUGGUCGCCCAGCACAAAAUAGUUUGACAGAUUAUCCAGAUGACAGCCACUAUGGUAACUGCACCCAACUUGGGCUAUUGAAUGACCACCAACCCAGCAUUUCAGAGCGGUUAACUCUGGAUUCUCUCGUUGUCCAGUACUUGAAGCAUCAGCAUCGCCAGUGCCCAGCUCCUAUAACUACUCUUCCGCCACUCUCUCUCUUGCACCCUCACAUCUGUCCCGAACCAAAAAGGAGUCUUGAUGCCCCAUCAAAUGUAACAGCUAGGCUUGGUACACGCGAAUUCAGAAGCAUAUAUGGUGGGGUUCAUGGAAAUCGCAGAGAUCGCCAGUUUGUAUAUAGUCGAUUCAGGUUGUUGAGAACAUGCAGAGAUGAUGCUGAUGCCCUUUUAACAUGCAUGACUUUUCUGGGGGAUUCCUCUCGCAUUGGAGUUGGCAGUCAUACAGGAGAGCUAAAAGUUUUUGAUUCAAACAGCAAUAAUGUGUUAGAUAGGUUCACAGGCCACCAGUCUCCUUUGACACUUGUACAAUCAUUUUUUGCUGGUGCAACACAAUUGCUGCUCUCCUCAAGCUCUCAGGAUGUCUGUUUGUGGGGUGCCUCCUCAGUCUCAGAGGGCCCUCUUCAUACAUUUGAUGGUUGCAAGGCUGCAAGGUUUAGCAAUUAUGGCGGGGAGUUUGCCACCUUAACAAUCGAGCCAGCUCGAAGAGAGAUUCUCCUUUAUGAUGUCCUGACCUGUCAGGUAGAAUCAACCUUUUCAGACACAAGUUCGAGUUCUACAGGCCGUGGCCAUGUUUAUUCGCUUAUACAUUUCAGCCCUUCCGAUAAUAUGUUACUUUGGAAUGGGGUAUUGUGGGAUAGGCGGCAAUCUGGUCCAGUUCAUCGUUUUGAUCAGUUUACUGAUUACGGUGGUGGUGGCUUUCAUCCUGCCGGGAAUGAGGUGAUUAUAAACUCCGAGGUAUGGGAUCUGCGGAAAUUUAGGCUCCUCCGAAGUGUACCUUCAUUGGAUCAAACAGCAAUAAAAUUUAAUGCUUGUGGUGAUGUCAUUUAUGCAAUCUUGAGGAGAAAUCUGGAUGAUGUGAUGUCAGCUGUUCACACCCGUCGUGUGAAGCACCCUUUAUGUGCUGCUUUUCGCACUGUGGAUGCUAUUAACUAUUCAGAAAUUGCCACUAUACCUGUAGACCGCUGUGUCCUUGAUUUUGCAUCAGAGGCAACUGAUUCUUUUGUUGGUUUGGUUACCAUGGAUGACCAAGAAGAGAUGUAUUCAUCUGCUAGGAUUUAUGAGAUUGGUCGGCGACGGCCAACCGAUGAUGACUCUGAUCCUGAUGAUGCUGAAAGUGAAGAAGAAGAGGAUGAUGAGGAUGAUGAGGAUGAUGAUGAAGAUGGUGAUGUGGAUCCAAUUCUAGGUAUAGAUUCUGAUGGAGAUGGCGAGAGUGAUGCAGAUAUGAGCAAUGACGACGACGAUGAUGAUAGCAUGAGCGAUUUUGAUGAUGAAGAUGAUGUUGGGGACUUCGUUGAUAUGAACUUCGAUGGGGGAGCAGGGAUACUGGAGAUUGUGACCGAGGGCGAUGAAGACGAAAAUGACAGUCAGGUUGUUGAAUCUUACAGCAGUGAUGGGGAGGAUGACUUUGUUAGUAAUGGUUUUAACUACUAGAUGUUUCAUUUCUCAAUGUUAUACCAGGUUCUCUGAUGUAAUUAUUUGAUUAUUUUUACUCGUUCGAAUGCAGAUAUAAAUUUUAGUA